CAAUCGAGUGCCACUUUGCCUAGAGUGUUUUUUUGCAACUUGGGUUAAGCUUGCUGUAACAACGAGGCAACCUGGAACCUAAUUAAACCGUAUUCGAUAAGUUUAAUUUUUUAUUUUAUUUUGAAAAUGAUCGAGCAAAUGAAACGAAAAGUCCCAGGGACCCCGACAGAGACGGCAUUGGUUCCCGUGGUUAAGAAGCCUCGCAAUGAAUUGGUGGCAGCGGCACAAUCUCAACAGCAGCUCGUGCAGAUGGGCCCCCCCAGAAAUUCAAGCUUGCAGGCACCCAUCAUGCUCCUGAGUGGGCAUGACGGAGAAGUUUACUGUUGCAAGUUUCACCCUAAUGGAUCCACUCUGGCCUCUUCUGGUUUUGAUCGACUAAUACUGUUGUGGAAUGUUUAUGGAGAUUGUGAUAAUUAUGCUACACUGAAAGGUCACAGUGGUGCUAUCAUGGAGCUUCACUAUAACACAGAUGGAAGUUUGCUGUUUUCAGCGUCCACUGACAAGACAGUGGCUGUGUGGGACAGUGAGACAGGAGAGAGAGUCAAAAGGUUAAAGGGCCACACGUCAUUUGUAAACUCCUGCUAUCCAGCCAGGCGAGGGCCCCAGGUGGUUUGCACUGGCAGCGAUGAUGGUACUGUUAAACUUUGGGACAUCAGAAAAAAGGCAGCUGUUCACACUUUUCAAAACACUUAUCAGGUUUUGUCAGUAACAUUUAAUGACACAAGUGACCAGAUAAUCUCGGGAGGCAUUGAUAAUGAUAUUAAAGUUUGGGACUUGCGUCAGAACAAGUUGAUCUAUACCAUGAGGGGUCAUGCUGAUUCUCUGACUGGUCUUAGUUUGAGCUCUGAAGGUUCAUACCUGCUAUCAAAUUCAAUGGACAACACAGUUCGAAUAUGGGAUGUUCGCCCUUUUGCUCCCAAAGAAAGAUGUGUGAAAAUAUUCCAAGGAAGUGUUCAUAAUUUUGAAAAGAACCUUUUGAGGUGUUCCUGGUCUCCCGAUGGAAGCAAAAUAGCAGCAGGUUCUGCUGACAGGUUUGUUUAUGUCUGGGAUACAACAUCAAGAAGGAUCCUCUACAAGCUGCCUGGCCAUGCAGGUUCAGUCAAUGAGGUUGUUUUCCAUCCAGAGGAACCAAUAGUUCUUUCAGGAUCUAGUGACAAAAAACUGUACAUGGGUGAAAUACAAUAGGAAUCCAGAACAGAAUGUUUCCUUCUGUGAGGUUCAUCAGCUACUUGGACUUGGAUAAAAGGACUGUUGAUCUGCACACCAAGAUCGUCUCGACAAAAGGCAUAAGUCAGUGUUGUACUUGCAACAUUUUAUCUCCCUAAUAGACUAAAUUACUUUGUAGGAUUCAAAACAUCGAAAUUGUGGCAAAAGCAGGUCUUAAUGGAAUUAAUGUCCUACGGUUGUGAUUUAAGUCCACCUCUGUCCAUUGGGCUGCAUUGAGAUGUAAAGCAAACAGUGGUGAAAAUUAAAUUGCCUUUUCCGUUGUGUUAACAAGUAUGGCCUAUCUGAUCACCUUUAUGGAACACUUCACCUGUAAAAACCUGGCUCGCAUUAAAUACAAAUGAGCUUCCCUGUGAUAAAUGGAAAUGAAUUACAGGAAAAUCUUUAUUCACAUGGCAAACACGAUGCAGAGAGCAAAUUACAUUUUAAGAUAGAUUAACUGGAGUGACCGGUACGCUUUCAGAUGUAAUAUCCCUUACAUCUGGACCUUGCUUUAUUAAGCAUUAAGUGUACAUUUAGACAUUUUAUGCACCAGUGGUCAGCAGUUGAGAGCAGGAAAAAGGUUUCAUGCGGUACUCCACCCAUCCAUUGUGCAGGUCACCAAUUUCUGUCUCCUUUUC